CUUCCCUUUUGCUCGUCGAUGGGUGGCGCUGUCGAUCGCCAGUACACGAAGUCCCGAGGCUAGCAGCGACAAGAGUGUUCCUACUCUUUUGCACAUUGUCGGUUGAUACCCUGUAACAUUUCUUCAAGAUGGGGCGAUGCGCUGCGAACCUGUAGCCGUGAUCAGGUUGCAACCGGUCAAGGCCUACAAUGGCCCAGACUCAAUACACCGCAGGCCUUAGAUUCAUACUCAAGACCUCUGACCAACAAAUCUCGGAGGAAGAUCGCAAAGGCGCCGUGAGCCAUGCGUCGAAAGCCCGUUGGAAAGUUCGCCGCAAAGCCCGAUCUAUGCGUUCUUGGAUAGAUCCGGAUCGAAGCCUCCAAGAGGAGAAGAGCGCCAUUCCUCCAGGUGCAUCAAAGCGGUCUAAUACUAUUCGGCUUCCUAGUCCCAGGCCGACGAUGAUCGAUGAAACCUUUUCCGCUACCGAACUACCUCCCGGUAUCGAACCUGGAAUGAUACAGGAAUUGGUAAAGCUGAUAAAUAUGGACAAAGUUGGAAUAUAUCCCUACGAGAUAUGCCUCCAAGUUCACCCGGUACAAAGGGGAUGGUUUCCAUACAUGAUCAAUGAUCUCUGUUGCCUUCACUCGAUGAUGUUUUCGGUCCGCGCUUUCGUCGAUGGGAUGUCAAACAGUAACCGGACCAGCCCUUUGGCGGCUUUCCACUACGACCAGACGUUGCGGCUUCUUCAAGCUCGUAUCGAUGCCUUUGAACGAGGUCUCUGCGACGAAGUAUGUCGCGACUCGACCAUUAUGGUCAUCAUCACAUUGGCUACUGCCGCCGAGAUUGGAAAUGAUCUCACCACUGCUCGAAUUCACCUCGACGGUCUCCGCAGGAUCGUCAAUCUCCGAGGGGGCUUGAGGCAACUGGACACACAUACAAAUGUCCAGGUCAAAGUGUGCAGGGCCGACCUGAGUCUAGCGCUACGAUCAGGACUCCUACCGAGCUUGUUUCUUCACGAUGAGAUUGAUUGGGACUGCUACAUAGCGGACCGGGGGUUAGUGCGAUGCCGCCACAUUAGAUAUGAACCCACGAUUCGAGCCUUCACCGACAAUCUGGAUCCCAAGCUGCGAAAUUGUUGGAAGGAUGUCCAUGCCUUUUCGUGCCUCAGCAAUUUGGCCUACCAGACAGACCGGAAAAUGUCACCGGAGAUGUACAAUGAGAUGAUGAUAGCCAUCCUCUACCGACUCACUCACCUCUCCUUCAACGAGGAGAAGGAUCUCCCCAACGAAGUUAUCCGCGUCGCUCUUUUGGUCUUUUGCACCACCCUAUUCCUGAUCAGGUGUUAUCUCGAUCACCCUUACGAGCGACUUAUUGAGCUCUACAAGGUCACUCUGGUCCGACUGUGUCAAUGUCGUUCCGAGGGUGAGCAUUUGCCGCCCAAGCCAGUCAUGUUCUGGCUUGUGAUGCUUUAUCAUGUGGUGCCUGAGCAGGAAACGACUUCAUCCUCCUCGUCAGGCACUGCCCUUUACUUCGAUAAAGAAUAUUAUUCACAGGCAGAAGUUGAUACCUGGGAAGAGGCUCUUACCCUUCUGAAAUCGAUCAUGUGGAUUGAUUUUGUCCACGGUAACAGGGGUAGAGAGAUUUUUGAAGACAGUCGCACUAGGUAAACGAUGAGGCAUUUCACGGGAAUUGAGGAGAAAAUGAAAACGAGAACAGCAGUUUGGUCAACAAUGUAUAUUCAUACAGCCAACAUCCUCCACGUCCUCGAGCGGACACAUAGAUAAAAUACACACGACAUGAGAAGC